UUCAUUUAAUGGUCUCAAAUUAUUGGCAUUGCUGAGAAAUACCAACUAGGCCUAGUUGUUGUUGAUCAAAGAAACUUAUCAUCUUUUAUUUUCAAACUUAGCUUCAUCAACAAAUUUUAGGCCCCAUACCAACAUGUCCAACAGGCAUCAACACAUGGCUUUGCCUAACAGACUUAUCAGCUCCUCUUGUAUAAAUAAUCCCUCUUCCAUGAGCCUUUUCAUCAUCUAGCAAAAGCAUUAUCAAUUCAGCCAUCAAAAAUCUCUAAAUUUAUUAUUUACUUUUUUGUUUCCAAUCUUCCAAACAAAACAAAUGGCAAUGAUCAGUAACAAGAAACUCAUCAAAAUGGCUCGGAGAUGGCAGAAGUUUGCAUCCAAGCAGAGGAAGAGGAUUUCAUUUCCAAGAAAUGACAGUGAUUCAGACAGUUGUAGUACGUCUUCAUCAUCUAUAGUAGAAAAAGGACAUUUUGCAGUGUAUACAGCUGAUCAAGUUCGGUUUGUCAUUCCUUUGGCUUACCUUGAAAAUGAAGUCAUUAGGCAACUCUUGAACAUGUCUGAAGAAGAGUUUGGGCAUCCGAGUGGUGGCCCUAUUUCAUUACCUUGUGAUUCAGCCUUCAUGGACUACAUCAUUUCGUUAAUCAAGAAAGGCGUAACUGCAGGAGAUCUUCACAAAGCAUUGCUCCUAUCAAUUCCUUCAUCUUGCUGUUCAACUUCUUCUUUGCACCAAGAAUGUGGAAAUCAACAGAUUCUUGUUUAUUGAAUCAACAUCAACAUUCUUUCUGUACAUACUAGCUCAAAAUAUAGUUAUUAGAGACAACGGAGAUUGAAGAGUAUACAAUUGUAAAGCAUAUCAUACUGAUUGAAUCU